UUUUUGAAUUUUUAUAAAAACUGAAAAUCAGAUAAAGAAAGAAAAGUUAACAACAAAGAUAUGAAGUUCUACCAAAAAAUAAUUUUAUUUGUGAGUAUUGGAUGUUGGCUUGUUGAAGCGGGAGUUGGAAGUGAUGAAUAUGAUGACUUUAAUGUUGUCGAAUUUUUAAAGAAAGUGUUACAAACGGCACCAUUAUUAUCACUAGAAUCUAAUAUUCCACCACCAGCUUCUUUGGGUAGCGUACCAGGUGUUGCGUCGCUAGGCAGUUCCCCGCCAGUGGCAUCUUUGGGCAGUCAAGAAUCUAUAUGCAGAGACAUUGCAACAUGGUGUUCAAAUUACAAACAACAUUGUAAUCAUCCAACUGUGAAAAAAUAUUGCAAAAAUACAUGCCAUCAAUGUCCUACCCCAGUAGUUCAAAAGGAUUGCAGAGACACACAUCCGUCAUGCUCGAUUGGAUUGAGUUACGGUUACUGUACUGGUAGUAAAUCGCAAGUGGAUUUCAUGAAAAAAUAUUGUCAAAAAUCGUGCAACUUUUGCAUACCAGAAAAAGUUGAUUGUGCCAACAAAUUGAGUGAUGUAUACUGUGCACAAAACCGUGGAUUUUGUGAUGAUGCUACCCAUGGCAACUAUUUCAAACAGAAUUGUGCAAAAACGUGCGGUGAAUGUAGAAAGAAAAAACCCUCGUUUACGUGUGGCGUUGCUAAGCAAAGAACUAAAGUAGCAACCAGUGGUUUAGUUGGAGGAACAAACGCUGGCAAAGGAUUUUUCCCAUGGCAAGUUGCAAUUUAUUAUAAAAACAUUUUCAUGUGUGGUGGUUCGUUAAUCGAUCGAGAACAUAUACUCACAGCUGCUCAUUGUUUUAACGGACGAAGUAAAGAUGUUCGACAAUAUAGAAUAGUGUUAGGAGAGCACAACAGAAAAUACAAAGAAGGUACGGAGCAAACACGGGAAGUAUCUAGUAUAAAAAUUCAUGAGCAUUACGCCGACGAUAGAGAUGACAAUGACAUUGCAUUGAUGAAAAUGAAAAAAGAAGCUAAUUUAAAUGAUCAUGUGGUUCCGGCCUGUUUGCCUAAGUCGGAAGCAAGGAUAGACGUUGGAACUAAAUGUUAUAUUACUGGAUGGGGAAAAACACGCCAUGACGGGAAAUCUGUCGAUAUUCUGCAAAAAGUAAAAGUUCCUGUCGUGUCAAGAUCAACUUGUGAGCGUCGAAAUAACUUUAACUUUCACCGAGUCACCAACAAGAUGAUUUGUACUGGAUAUGAUAAUGGCUACACGUUCAUUUCUGGUUGUCAUGGUGAUAGUGGUGGUCCACUUUCAUGUGAAAACAAUGGCGUGUGGACAGUGCAAGGCGUGGUCAGUUGGGGAUCUCCUUUGUGCAAUGGUUUGGACAGAUAUACUGUCUUUUCUCGAAUUAGUAAAUAUAUAUCUUGGAUAGAGAAGAAUGUAUAAAAAUAUAUAGAAGUAUAUAAAAAAGUUGUAUAUAAUAAACAUAGGAUAAUUUAUUUAAAAAGACUGAAACUAAUGCUGUAUUUGUAACCUGAUAUAUAUGUAAGAUAUUUAGAGUGUUAAACCAA